AUGGAUAUUCUAUACUAUCCAGGGAAGGAAAAUGUAGUAGUCGAUGCCCUUAGCCGCAGAUCUAUGGGUGAUGCAGGAGUUACAGUUCAGGAUACAACGACAUUAUCCUUAGUAGCUGAGGUUAAGGAACACCAGUAUGAGGAUCCUUUUUUGAUUCGGUAUAGGGAGACGACCCUUCAGAAAAAGAAGUCACCCUUUGAGAUUUUCGAAAAUGAAGUGUAUUGGUAUCGAGGAAGAUUGUGUGUUUUGGAUGUUGCAAGGUUACGUCAACAAAUUAUGGCAGAAACUCAUUAUUCCCGCUACUCUAUUCAUGCAUUGUCGACGAAGAUGCACCAUUAUAUUAGAGAGAUUUACUGGUGGAAUGGUAUGAAGAAGGAUAUAGGGGAGUUUGUCCUAAUGCCCUAA